AUGAUGCGCCGUCAGUCAAACCACAUCGACGACUACUCGCUCAACGAGUUCCAGGAGCUGCUCACGGAUUUGAGGUUCACCUCUCUGAAAACCGCGAACCUGUCGACCAAUGUGGCUGUAGCUUUCCUGACAGGGAUUCCGCACGUCGCACGCAGGCCUAACGAUGUGCAUCUAUCGCGCUUGCCGACAUACAACGAGAGCUUCGUGCCCGGCACGCCUCAUGAGAGCUACCCUCUCGAUCAGGACCGCAUAAUAGAGUUCGAGGAGGAGCGGAUAGACCGUCAGUAUACCGCCGAUGGGGAGGAAGCCAGGAGCUUCCGUCGCAGCAACAGCGACGGGCGCAACGCGGAGGACGGGAUGGGCAUAUCGAAGGCCAGGAUGCGGCUGAUGCGCUGGCAGUCGCACAUCGCAAACAUGUGGCGCCGGUACCGCGACAGACGAUCGGACAUUUUGGAAGUGGCUGAUAACCACCACAUGGGCCUCGAAAACCGGGAAACGCAGCGUCGUAAGAAGUUCUACAUCAGCUAUGCUGAGCUCAUCAUCCCUAGCCAGGACACGUACAACCCGAAUUUCAUGAACAUCCCGCUGCAUUACGGCAUUGUGAAGGCCAAGUCGUGCGGCAAUUCAAGUCCUGGAAACUCUGACGCAUUCGACGCGCCGGACACCACGGCGGCGGAGCUGUCGGACUUCGCCGAAAUCAAUGCGCGUUUCCGUGCGGCAAACGAGUGGCUGCACCCGUCGCUCUCGCUGACAAAGCUCAGCCGCAUCAAACUGACGAUGUUCCUGGCGCCUCGAAGCGUGACGCAUCUGGAUCCGUCGACUGUUUUUUCGGCAUGGAUUCUGUUCGAGCGGCUGGUGAUAAAGGGCGUCGUCACGAAACAAAAUCGCAAACUAUAUGCUGCUACGUGCCUCAUCAUCGCCUACAAGUUCAACCAGGAUGGCGAGCACGUCGUGGUCAACGAGAUCAUAGCCUACCUGUGCCGCGACCGCGCAAUCACUCCCAGCGCCAUCUUCGCAUCCGAGAUGAAGGUGUUCACGCUGCUCGAGUUCUCCCUCAAGCAGAGCUACAACGGGAUGCGCCGUCAUGUACAACACUACCUGGAGUUCAAUCGCAUCACAUUCAUGGACCUCUACGAGACCUCGGAGUCGACCGUUGCGCGAGUGCAGCCAUGGGUGCUCCAGCACGGUGGCAGCGUCCGCCCGCUUGCGCGCAUCCUUUUCAAAGCACAUGUCACAGAACUUGAUGAACUCGCGGCUUGCCUCGUUGAGGCGGCUACGGCCAUACUUCUCCACCAGAAUGCGGUACCACGCGUUGGUUUGAAUGCGCUCCAGCACCUGGUUGACGGGCUCCUCGGUCGUCGACCCGAACGGUGGCCCUCCGAAGAACAGCUCGAAAGCAAGUACCCCCAACGCCCAGAUGUCGCUUUUGUGGUUGUAUUCGCCGAAUUUCCCCUUGAUAUUGUACUUGCAUGCACACUGCUCCGGGGACCAGUAGUCGUAGGUGCCCCUUAUGUGGCUGACUGCGCCGCCGCCGCUGCCCACAUGUGCCGACAGACCGAAGUCAGCCAACUUGCAGCUGAGGUUGUGGUCCAGCAAGAUAUUUUCCGGCUUUAUGUCCAGGUGCGCGAUGUGCUUGUCGUGGCAGGUCCGAAUGGCCCAUGUGACCUCGAAAAGGAUCUCAGCCACGCGUUGCUCUGGAAGCCGCCCAUGCAGAUUCAGAUGCGUAUAGAGGUCUCCAUGGAAGCAGUACUCGAGCACAAUGUAGACCAUAGACUCCGUGUCGAACCAGGUGAAGAUGCUGCGAUUUGUUCAUGUGGCAAUCUAUGA